AUGAUUAGGGCUCAUGCUCGGAGCCAAACCCCUGCCAAAUCUAUUCAGUUCUUCAAUCAAAUGUUGCUCACCGAUGCCCGCCCUGAUGCCUACACCUAUUCCUUUCUUUUGGCUGCUUGUACGUCUUCUUUGUCUUUGAGGGAGGGACAGCAGGUUCACUCCAAAGUCUUGACUAAUGGCUAUUAUUCCUCAAAUGUCUUUCUCAUGUCCAAGUUGGUUAAUUUCUAUGCUGCUGUUGUUGGCGGCGAUUGCGCUGCUCUAGCGUACGCACGCAAAGUGUUUGAUGAUAUGUCUGAAAGAAAUGUUGUCUGCUGGAAUUCCAUGCUCGCGGGGUAUAUGAGGCGUGGAAAUCUUGACGGGGCAAGGAGGAUUUUUUAUGAGAUGCCAGAGAGGAACGUCGUCUCGUGGACUACUAUGAUUUCAGGGUAUGCGAAAAAUGGCAAGUGCAAGCAGGCAUUGAAUUUGUUCGAUCAAAUGAGGAAAGCCGGAGUGGAAUUGGACCAGGUGGUAUUAUUGGCAGCCUUGACAGCGUGUGCAGAACUGGGGGAUUUAAAAAUGGGGAUGUGGAUUCACUCGUAUAUCCAAGAUACCUUUGUUGGGUCAAACCAGCGAGUGGUGGUUUCUUUGAACAAUGCACUUAUACACAUGUAUGCUAGCUGCGGUAUGAUUGAUGAAGCUUAUGAAGUAUUUAGGUGGAUGCCAGAGAGAAGUGCGGUUUCCUGGACAAGCUUGAUCACUGCUUUUGCAAAACAGGGCUAUGCGCAAGCAGUUCUUGAAAUAUUUCGCUCGAUGCAAAGAUUGGGCACUUCGGAAGCAAGGCCCGAUGGCAUAACCUUUAUUGGGGUUCUCUGUGCGUGCAGUCAUGCUGGACUUGUUGACGAGGGCCGUCAACUCUUCAAGGACAUGAUUCAGCGUUGGGGUAUUAAGCCUAGGAUUGAGCACUAUGGGUGCAUGGUUGAUUUAUUGAGUCGUGCUGGUUUCUUGGAUGAGGCACAAGAACUCAUUGCGACCAUGCCUGUAAAACCAAAUAAUGCUGUUUGGGGUGCUCUCCUUGGUGGUUGCAGGUUUUAUCACAAUGCUGAGCUCGCUUCUCUCGUGUCUCAAAAAUUGGUUGCGGAACCUGACCCUGACAAAGCUGCUGGUUAUCUUUCUCUGUUGGCACAUGUGUAUGCGACUGCUGAAAAGUGGCAGGAUGUUGCUACUGUGAGACAGAAGAUGGUCGCGAUGGGUGUGAAAAAGCCUGCUGGGCAAAGCUGGGUUCAAAUAAAUGAGGUGGUUCAUGAUUCUGUGGCAGGUGAUAAGACUCAUAAAAAUACAUCUUCAAUUUAUGAGAUGCUUGGAAAGAUCCACCAGGCAAGCAAAGUUGGAAGGCUAUAA